GUAUGUUUUGGAUGAUUGCUGGUAUGAUGAAGGCGGAUACAUCUGGAAGUAAUUUGAAGCUUAUGUACUUACCUAUGCUUGAGGACGUCAACACAAUAGGAUCUUACAGUUGGGGUAGUGCGACUCUAGCAAGCUUGUAUCACUAUCUUUGUAAGGCCUCACAGGCUAAGCAACAUGAGAUAGCGGGAUUCCUACCACUACUACAGGUUUGGGCAUGGGAGAGAAUUACUGUUCUCAGGCCCCAGAUAUUAGCACAAAGAGACGCGAAUACUGGUUUACCUAGGGGUCCACGCGCUACUAGAUGGUUUGCACAUUUUAGUUGGACCGACACUACCCAAUAUGUGUUGAAAGUUUUUAGGGAUGCACUUGAUUCCAUGACGGAGGAUCAGUUUAUUUGGGAACCAUAUUCUGAUGAAUUAAUUGAGAGCCUUCCCGAUUAUUGUCGUGUUGGACGAAAUAUAUGGCGUGCUAGAGUCACAAUAUUUUGUUGGGAUGUUGUCGAGGUUCACUUGCCUGAUCGAGUUAUGAGGCAAUUUGGAAUGAUACAGGAGAUACCACCAACUCCGUUUGCAUUUGAUCCCACACAUUUCAACCACGAUCGUCGGGGAAGGCCAAAUACAAAUUGGGAAUUGGAGCAUGCACAAUGGUUGCCAUUUUGGCACCAACGACUUCGAUACGUUAUUAAUGCACCGGUCAAUCAUGAAUCACUUCGGUAUGAUGACCCCUACCUUGUUUGGUUCAGACGCAUUACUCGUCUUGUUAUUGGUAAUCCUACUUCGCGUCCUCAGCGGCAACAAGGUUAUGUGCCUAAUGCAACGGUUUAUGAAGCAAUGGUGCGUUAUAUUCAUUCAGUGGUUGAUAAAGCAAAAUCACUUGGUGAUCAGCCAUUAUUUGAGGAAUUUUAUAUGUUUCGUGCAAUGGUGCGGAGUGAAGUUGAAAAGUGCUUGACAUAUGUGCACGAGGCUGAUAGAAUUCAUUUACAAGCCGAUUAUAAAAAAGAUGGAGUACAUGCUGACCAUAUACGUCCCUCUGUUCGUAGGCGAGGAAAAGGUGGUGUUGCUGGUAGGAGGGAACGUGCUAUUAAGAGAGAUCAAGUGUCUAUCGAAAUGGAUGAAAUGCGUCAGGAAGAUGCCCAAGCAGUCCCGGAAGAUGAUCUAGUAACAACAAAUUGUGAUAUUAGUUCCACUUCAAGAGGCGACACUCACGAAUUCACUCAGGCAUCAGCUAUGACAUAUCAACCAACAACUACUUAGAUUGUACCAUACAUGACGCCACAAACUCCACAAUAUUCAAGAGAUCCAAGUCUUUCGUCUUUUGAGAAUAUAUUUGUUGAGAAUGGUCCUGUUUUUAACUCAUCGCCUGUGCAAAUGUCCAUCGAUAUCCCUGAGGCCACUAAUAGAGAUGAUGGGCAGGACUGCAAUAUUGAGAUACAAGGUAAUGAGUUGGAUGAUUCCAACGAUGAAGUGGAUGGUGAACCAUUAAUGAGGCAGAAGCGUAAAAUUAUUCGUAAGCGUUGUGCGACCGGGAGUCACUUUCUUGAUCCGUAUGGUAGGAUUAAAAAGCAUCGCGGUAGAGGUAAAAAGCAGCAAGGUAGAAGCAAAAAGAAAUGAAUGCAUCACUAAUAGUUUGGCUUGUAAGUAAGAUGAAGGCACAUAAUCUCGCUGAUCUAGUUUAGUAGGAAUAAUCUCCUUUUUUUUUUUGCUCACUGUAAGUUAGAUGAAGGUACAGUUGGUGUAUUAUUUUUUUUCUUUUGCUUUUUGUAUUCAGCUACGUUUU